AAUAGGGGGCAAAAAGGAGAGAGCAUUUUUGCCGGUGGAGCUCGCUAAUCAUGACGCACAGAAUGAUACCAGUCUGAGACAUUUUCAAUGGACUUUGUCUGUGUUAUAUCACAGGAUAUUCAUGCUGAUGGAUUUCCUUCUAAUUGGUCUGUACCUAAAGUGGCCACUGAGGAAGCCCCCGGGCUUGCUGCUCUGCUCGCUGGGCAUUUUUCUGAAAAUGGUUCCCUUGGUGGAGGGGUCUUGUCCACGUCUCUGUCGCUGCGACAACAAACUCCUCUACUGCGAGGGGCUUAACCUGACGGAAAUCCCCCGCAACCUGAGCGGUGCCGUUGGCUUGUCCCUGCGGGAAAACAACAUAUCUGAGCUGCGGGAGGUGAACUUUGUUGGCCUGUCGCAGCUCACCUGGCUCUACCUAGACCACAACAACAUUCAGUUGGUCGAGGAGAACGCCUUCGAAAGGCUACGUCGCAUAAAAGAGCUGGACUUGAGCACCAACAACAUCGAGAGCUUGGCUAACGGCACAUUCAAACCCCUGCCCAACCUGCGUAUCCUGGAUUUAUCCUACAACAGACUACAGGAGCUAGAGCCGGACCUUUUUCAUGGCCUUAGAAAGCUAACCAACUUGCAUCUGCGCUACAAUGCCCUCAAGUUUGUUCCUGUGAGGAUCUUCCAGGACUGCAGGAGCAUGCAGUUCUUGGAUCUGGGUUACAACCAGCUGCAGAGUCUGGCACGUAACUCAUUUGCUGGGCUGUUCAAACUGACUGAGCUGCAUCUGGAGCACAACGAGCUGGUGAAAAUCAACCUGGCCCACUUUCCCCGCCUCAUCUCACUGCGCACACUGUACAUGCGCAACAACAAGGCCUCCAUUGUGGUGAACACUCUGGACUGGACCUGGCACUUCUUGGAGAAGAUCGAUUUCGCUGCCAAUGAGAUUGAAUACAUUGAGCCUCACGUGUUCGAGAGCGUUCCCAACCUCAAAACGCUCAUGCUGGACACAAACAAGCUCACCUACUUGGACCAGCGGAUUUUAGACUCUCUGAACUCGUUGGACAGCAUCUCGCUCGCCGGAAACGAAUGGGAGUGCAGCCGCAAUGUCUGCGCCCUGGCCUCCUGGCUCAGCAACUUCAAGGGCCAACGGGACAGUGCCCUGCUAUGCUCCAGCCCCGACAUAGCACAGGGCGAGGACAUCCUUGACGCUGUCUAUGCCUUCCAACUCUGUGAGGAUGGCUCUGACAGCACCACCCAGACCUACACCGCCACCCGUGACAGGGCUGGGCCUGGCUACAUCUACGAGGGCCCGACGCGCAGCACGUACAACCUGCUGGACACGGAAGGGGGCGGGGUGGUCACCGGUACCUUCACCGUGACGCCACCAGGGGAGGACCUGGACAGCACCAUGCAGAUACAGAAAGUCGUGACCGGCACAAUGGCCCUGAUCUUCUCCUUCCUCAUCAUCGUCCUCAUGCUCUACGUGUCCUGGAAGUGCUUUCCUGCCGGCGUGCGUCAGCUACGUCAGUGCUUCACCAGCCAGCGUCGCAAGCAGAAGCAGAAGCAGACCAUGCAGCAAAUGGCCACCAUGUCCACGCCAGAGUACUACGUCGACUACAAGCCCAACCACAUCGAGGGGGCCCUGGUCAUCAUCAACGAGUAUGGAACAUGCACCUGCCAGCAACAGCCGUCACGGGAGUGCGAGGUGUGAUUCCAGCACGGCCACCAAGGAGCACUAAGAGGCUUUUUGUUUUUCUUACCCCCCCACUUCAUGGCACGGGAGAGUUUCACUGGGGUGAUUGAUGUAGCGUGGGCAAAUCUGACUCUGUGUUGUUGCUGUACCACGCGGCUCUUGGCGGGGACAAAGGGAGUAAUGGACGGAUGGAUGGAUUGACUAAAGGGGAAAUAUGGGGGUGUGGGUAGAGGCGGAGGUGGAAAGUGGCAGCUCCUUGAGACUGACAGACGGUGGAUUUUUACUGCUGACUCGUGAUCAGUCUCAGCCUUUCUUUAAAGGACGUGACUAUGGAACCUGUUGACUUGACGCAACAAAGCUUUGAGGAAUUAUGCCGUGUUCCGGUCGGAGAGGAUAUUUCAGCUUUAAUGUGUCUUUCUAAUUCAGGAUAUAAAAAUUCUGUCUAAAAAAAAAAUGACUGGGGGACAUCCAAAAAACACUGUUUUUAUUGUGUCAAUGAGAAGAAGAGGGGGAAAAGAAAAAAAUAUUAAAGUGAUGAGAUUUAAACGUAAAAAAAAAAUAACAAAAAUACUGAAACUGUAUAAAAUAUCUUAUAAUGCAGAAGUGCAAAAGUGGAGAAGAUGCAAGAAGCUAACGUAUUUCUUUUUUGUAAACUUAAAAAAAAUAUAUGAUGUUGAAAUAAAUGAAUUGCUAUUCACCAUAAAGCUGUCUACAGAGGCAUUUGGGGAGUAUUGGUGCUGCGGGUGUCAGCCUCUUAUGUCUGCAGUAGCCUGUUAGUCAGUGAACAUGGGUCUGAAAGAUGGCGUCACAUCACUGCAAAUAACAGGCCUAGAUCUGAAUUUGAGAUUUCACUUCCUUUAUACCUUAAAAAUACACUUUUUUUGUGAGAAAUACCUAUUGU